AUGAACGGUAAAUCGUACUACCCUGCUGCAUCCACCCUCGCCCAGAGGGCACCAGUUGGGUCGAGGCCGGCUACUGCAUUGGACCCCUCUACCGGCCCGCACAGGCAUACCUCGAGGUUGUCGAGCUUAGUAGACGAGAAGGAGACCGCCGGCAUUUUUGGCUCGUUGAGCCUUGAGCCCGAGCAGAGAUUAGGCCAAUUUUCGGGGUCCCAGCGGGCCGGACAAGAGCCGACGUACUUCAAUGGAGUGGGUGGCGGGCCAUCACGGGAUUCCGGUCUCCCCCCGACGAGCCAGCCCGAGUCCGAACUGCCUACCUUCGGCUACGGUGCUUCCGGGGCGAAUUCGAUGCACUCCCAAAGACCAUCUCUGACCUCUGGCCUCUCAUUCAACGCGCUCAACCCCAAGACCUACGAUCAAGCUGGCACACAUCGGACUGACGAAGCUGAAAUCUCAGAGCGUAUAGGAAGGAUGACGAUGGAUAGUGAUCUCAAUGGUGCCCACUACCGCAACGGGGCCCAGUCCUUUCAGUUCAAUCCCGUGUCGCAGCCGUGGGAAAACAGCCAGGCCUAUCCAAAUGGCCUUGCCAGAGAGGGGUACGGAAAUGGGUCGGCAUUCGAGAGACGCGGAUCCGCUGCCCUGGACCGCAGCUCCUCGGCUGGGAGCACAUACCGCCCCGGUGCCGGACUGAGUAGCCCCAGGGGUUUCGCGGCCCCUCAGUCGAAUAGCGAAGCAUGGUCAAGACCGGCGUCCCGCGACCACAGGUCAGGCGCAGAUAUCGAUCGGCGAGGGCUAGGGUUCUAUCCACCGCAACACCCUUACUACAGCCAGGGGUACCUACCUUAUCCUCUAUACGAUCCGUACAGCGGCUUGAGGCAUGUCCCCAUACCCGGGUUUGACAUGCCUCUGCCAGCUUACCCGGCCGCCGCUGCUGGAUUGCCAAUGCAACGUGGCAGAGGGCAGGAUCCAGGGACGGGUAUUAGAAGCUUGCUUUUGGAAGAAUUCAGAUCAGCUGCAAAAGCAGAUAAACGCUACGAACUCAAGGAUCUCUACGAGCACGUCAUCGAGUUCUGUGGAGACCAGCAUGGCUCCCGGUUCAUCCAGACAAAACUAGAGACGGCCAACAGUGAUGAAAAGAACAUGGUUUUCCGAGAGAUCGAACCAAACGCUGUCCAGUUGAUGCAGGACGUGUUUGGCAACUAUGUGAUUCAGAAAUUCUUUGAGCACGGCGAUUUAGUGCAGAAGAGAAUUCUCUUCCGAGCAAUGAAAGGGAAGAUUGUCGACCUGUCGAUGCAGAAGUAUGGCUGCCGGGUAGUCCAGAAGGCUUUGAAGCAUGUGCUUGUUGAAGAACAAGUCGAACUCGCCAAGGAGUUGGAGCCGGAUAUUUUGAGCGUCAUCAAGGACGAGCACGGGAACCACGUCGUUUCUAUGGUGAUGGACUUGGUUCCUCGACAACAUAUUGACUUCAUCAUGGAUAGUUUCAAGGGCCGCGUUGGCGAGCUCUCUGCGCACGUGCACGGCUGUCGCGUCGUUCAGAAGGCACUCAUGCGGGGAAACGAGGCUGACAUCGCCGCCAUAAUGAAGGAGUUGCACGCCUCAGCGCACAGUCUUCUGUCGGAUCAGUACGGCAACUACGUGAUCCAAAAAGUUCUGGACAAAGGGAAGCCUGAAGACCGGGCAAGGAUAAUCAGCACCGUAACCCCGAUGGCCCUGACCUACGCGAAGAACAAACACGCAUCGAACGUGGUUGAGAAGUGCAUCCGAAAGGGCACGACCGAGGAACGACGGGCCAUCAGAGACCAGAUCGUCAAAGCCCCCGGAAACGAUGGCAACAGCCCGCUGCUCCAGGUGAUGAAGGACCAAUAUGGCAAUUACGUGAUGCAAACGCUCCUCAACACGCUUCAAGGUCAGGACAGAGAGGACCUCCUCGAACAGAUGAAGGCGCAAGUUGCCAUCUUCAAAGCCACCGCUGUCGGGAAGAACACCGCCAUCGAUCGCCUGGUUGCUGCAAUGGCGGCCCCGGUGGAUGCCAAUAAUAAUGCUAAUGCCGACGCCGACGCCGACAGCAACUCCAAUGGCAAUGCGAACGGUGCUGGGGACAAUAGCUCACCGCAAAAUCACACGCCGCCGUCUUCUGCCGGCCCAUCAUCGCCGAAUGGUAAGAGCGGUGAAAGAGAGGGACCGCCAGCUCCUACAUGA